AUGUCUCCAGGUAAGAAGCAGCCCAAGCUCAGGAGCGCGGUGGGCACCGGCAGCUCGGACGCGGUGGCAGGUGAGCCUGGCGCAGGUGGACAGGUGGGAGCGGUGGCAUCCGGGGUGGUGGAGUGUGGGGUGGAGGGGAAGGGGGCGCAUGGGGCUGGCGCCGAGGGUCGGCUGCGCUUCCCUUCGCGUCCGCUAGAGGCUCCAGGCGGGCGCAUCGGAGAGGGUGGGUGUGGGGGCGCCGAGAGGCGGAGGGGCGAGCGCGGGGAGCGAGCGUGCCCGCGGGGUGGCGGAGCGGGCGCGGCAGGGGGAGACGAGCCCGGCUGGGGCGGGGGAAGGCGAGCCCGGAGUCCCGGCGCGCCUCCUGGCUGCGCGCAGAGCCAGCGGGAUCGGGUCCGAAUCCAGGCUGAACCCCAGAAAGCCGUGCCCGGGAGCCACCGCCACUUCACCAACGCGAGCGAGCGUGGUCCGCGCCCCGAGGGCUGUGCCGGGAGGGAGGAGAUAAUUUCAAGAUGUAGAAUUCUUAUGACUGAAGCAUCCCAAAUGAAAUUGAAUCAUCUACACUGAAAUUGUUUCACACUGUGGUAAGAUAAACGAUUCUUAAUAUAUUGACCUUUGAAAACU